CACACACCCACACCCACACCCUCUUGUGAAGUCUUAUAAAGUCUCAAGAAGUCCUACAAAGUCUGUGAAGUCUCACAAAAUCCGUGAAGUCUCAUGAAGUCCGUGAAGUCUCACGAAGUCUGUGAAGUCUCACGAAGUCUUUUGAAGUCCUCUGAAGUCCCGUGAAAUCCUAUGAAGUCUUGUGAAGUCCUUUGAAGUUCUAUGAAGUGUUAUGAACUCUUUAGAAGUCUUUUGAAGUCUUGUGAAAAUAUGAAGUCACUAUGGUUGAAGUCCGUUCAAGUCUUGAAGUUCGCUGUUUCCCCCUUGCCCACCCACACCCCACACCCACAUCUACACCCCCCACACCCAUAGCCACACCCCACCUACACCCUCUUUUCAUUGUCAUAUAGCACGUUGUUUAUUCAUUUAAUUCUAGAUAUAAAACAAAUAACACUAUUAAUACAUCAUAUAAUAAUAAACUAAUGAAAUCAGUUCUUGAACAUUUACCAAAUGAUAUUAUUUUUGAAAUAUUUGAAUAUCUCGAUCUUUAUCAUGUUUAUUAUGGUUUUUUUUCUGUUAAUAAACGAUUUAAAUAUUUAGUUGUUGAUUCAAAUAUUCCAAUAAAAAUCAAUACUCUUGCAAUAUCAAAAUCAAAAUUCGAACAUUAUUAUCAAAAUAUUAUUAAUCCAAAUAAAAAUCGAAUAAAUAUUCUUCGUUUAUCAAAUCAAUUUACUGUUGAUAUUGUUCUUUCACCACCACAUAUAAUUUCAGAAUUUAUUCAACUUGAAAAAUUAAUUCUUGAUAAUAUUAAUAUGAAUAAUUUAUAUGAAAUUUUUCAAGAAUUAAUGUCUUUAAUUAAUUUACAUUCAUUAACUCUUAAUAUAGCUGAAUAUGUAGAUAGUUCAAUUGAUAUUUUUUCAAAAUUAUUUCUUCUAUCAAAAUGA